AUGGCCUCUCAAUCCAACAAGACCGUCGAUUCUGCCCGGUGGCUUCUCGUCUCUCGUCGAGAUCUCUCUGCUAAUUCGUCUUUCUUCUACGGUGUCAAAUCGACCCAAAUCUUUUGCCGGCCAACGUGCCCCGGUCGUGUCGCCCGACGAGGAAAUAUCAUCUUUUUCAACGACCUGCAACAUGCCUCGCAAUCCGGAUACCGACCCUGCAAGCGAUGCGAGCCAUGUAAUGACGACUGGAGCAGAGACAGCAGCAGUCGCAAGAUUGCACAUCAGGCGCGCGCUAUGAUUGCAGCCGCCGAGGCCGACAGCCUCAAGUGGACCGUAGGAGGCCUGGCGCGGAAGCUGGGCGUGGCAAGCGCGCACCUCCACCGGCAAUUUAAGAAAUGUUUUCUCAUGACUCCCAAGGCUUUUGCGGAAUCUCUUAGUAGGGCAGAGAGAAGCCUAAUUGGGUGUUCGGGACUCGACGGACAAGUUCCGUCCUCAGACUACAGAUUACCAGGGACGUUUACAGACCUCGAAGAAUACUUUCCUUCGGACGGCCCCAUGGGCGGUUUCUUGACUUGGUCUGCGGAUGAGGUGGACUUAUUCGAAGCCCUGGGCCCUACUAUAGAUACGGGAUCUUGA